UUUAACUCAAUGAGUGGUUUAGGGUGGAGGAUGGUGUAAUAAUCAUAGGAGCUGUGUGUAUCGCAAAACAAGUCGGCGUGGUUCCUCUAAAUUCAUGGAAAAAGCUUUGGCCUUCACUGGAAUUUUGAGCAAUAAACCUGAAGAGAAUCCUGACUUCUUUAAUUGGAACAGGAUCAAGUUGCGAUACUGCGAUGGUGCCUCUUUCUCUGGUGAUAGUCAGGAUGAGGGUUCACAGCUUUUCUAUCGAGGACAACGAAUCUGGCAAGUGGCUAUGCAAGAAUUCCUGUCUAUAGGCAUGCAGCAAGCAAACCAGGCUCUGCUUUCUGGAUGUUCAGCUGGAGGACUAGCUUCCAUUUUGCACUGUGAUGAGUUCAGGGAACUAUUACCUAGUUCCACGAAAGCGAAAUGCUUAAGUGACGCUGGAAUGUUUCUGGACGCAGUGGAUGUCUCUGGGGGGCACUCGCUUAGGAAUGUGUUCGAAGGUGUUGUUAUGGUUCAGAACCUCCAAAAGGACUUGUCCAGUACUUGUACAAACCAUAUGGAUCCUACUUCGUGCUUCUUUCCUCAGAACUUGAUUUCAGACAUCAAAACUCCAAUGUUUCUUCUCAACACAGCAUAUGACUCUUGGCAGAUCCAAGAGAGCUUAGCUCCUCCAACUGCUGAUCCAGGCGGCAUUUGGAAGGCAUGCAAAUCAGAUCACUUGCACUGUAAUUCAUCACAAAUCCAAUUCUUCCAAGAAUUCAGGACUCAGAUGGUGCUUGCUGUAAACUCAUUCUCCACAUCUGACCAGAACGGUCUUUUCAUAAACUCUUGCUUCGCGCAUUGUCAGACUGAAAGACAGGACACCUGGUUUGCUCAAGAUUCUCCCCAACUAAACGGGAAGAGAGUGGCGGAAUCUGUAGGUGACUGGUACUUCGACCGAGCAAAAGAUGUCAAAGCCAUUGACUGUCCUUAUCCGUGCGACACAACAUGUCACAAUCUGAUUUUCGAUUUUAAUCAGUCAGCUCUAGAGAUCUCAGCUUCUUCAAGGUUUUGUUUUCCUCUCUUUAGAGCCUCUCUGGUCCUUCUAGUGUUGACAAAACUCAUCCCCAGAUUCUUAGUUUAGUAGGUAUAGUGAAAUCAUUCUUUAUCUAUAAACCAUUGUCGAAUCUAGUUAGUGACAAAAUCCAUGUCAUUACAUAGAAUAGAAUAUCAAAA